UACGUAACAUGCAAAUUAGUCAUGCAUUUACCGUUUUAAAUAGCGCUCUUUACAUAGACUGUGGAAAAUAGUUUGGCUGUACGGUUGUUCUUGAUAUCUAAUUGUCGAUAGCACAAUCUAAAAGGCAAAUUACUGUUGUAAAAUGAUGCGUGUUUAAUGGGACCGCCGCACAGAGCCUCGGUAUGUUUGAUUCUAUGGGCCGCUGCGCAUAUUGAACGGCGUAUGACAUCACAAUUUCGCGAGAGCGAUUCAAAAUAGUGCUUCUGAAUCGCUCUCGCGGCACAGUGAUGCAGUACGCAGAUCAGUCUGCGCAGCGUCUCAUGAAGUCGAACGUCCGUUGUUAUUAGGCCUGCUGCACGCGAGAACAACAAACAGCAAAAACUGCAACACGGUUUUCUCCUAAUCAUAACAAGACGUGUUACUCGCCAUGGGGAGUUUAUAUCUUUCAGGAGGUCGGUGUGUUCUUCGGCAGAUGUUCUCCUGUCUACCCAGCAGCAUGCUGCAUCGGCGAUACAGUCUCGACAUUUCAGCGCGGCUCCUCCGGACUGAAGGCUUCAUAGACGGGCGCUGGGUGUCAGCUGCGUCCACAUUCCCCGUGUUAGAUCCAGCCACAGGAGAAGAGAUCGUCAGGGUGUCAGACUGCGGUACCAAAGAAGCCCAAAAUGCUGUCAGUGCUGCAUACAAAGCGUUUCACACGUGGAAGGAUCACACAGCUAAAGAAAGAAGCAUUUUGUUGCGAAAAUGGUUUGAUCUGAUCACUCAGCACAAGGAAGAUCUUGCCAAGCUGAUCACAGCAGAAUGUGGAAAACCCAUGAAGGAGUCUCUAGGAGAGAUUGCGUACUCUGCUGCCUUUCUAGAGUGGUUUUCAGAAGAAGCAAGACGUGUUUAUGGGGACGUUGUGCCAUCAUCAGCCAAGGACCGCAAGAUCGUAAUAGUCAAACAACCAGUGGGAGUGGCUUCUAUCAUUACACCUUGGAAUUUCCCCAGUGCCAUGAUAACCAGAAAAGUGGGUGCGGCACUGGCAGUGGGAUGCACUGUUGUAAUCAAGCCGGCUGAGGACACGCCUCUCUCUGCAUUGGCCCUCGCUGAGCUUUCAGUUGAGGCCGGCAUUCCUCCAGGAGUGAUAAACGUAGUGCCUUGCUCAAGAGAAAAGACCCCUGGUGUGGGAGAGGUGCUCUGCACUGACCCUCUGGUGGCCAAAAUCUCAUUCACUGGCUCCACACCCACUGGCAAGAUACUGCUUAAACAUGCUGCAGGAACUGUCAAAAGGGUGUCCAUGGAGCUGGGAGGUCACGCACCCUUUAUUGUAUUUGACAGUGCUGAUGUAGACAAAGCUGUGGCAGGGGCGAUGGCCUCCAAAUUCAGGAACUCGGGCCAGACCUGUGUCUGCUCCAACCGCUUCCUAGUGCAGAGUGGAAUCCAUGACUUAUUUGUAGAGAAGCUGGGAAAGGCCAUGGACGCAGAGCUGAGGGUCGGCCACGGCUCCGAGCCCACCACCACGCAGGGACCGCUUAUCAAUAACCGCGCCGCAGAGAAGGUGGAAAGCCAGAUUGCAGAUGCUGUGGCUCAGGGUGCUGUUAUAGUUAGAGGUGGAAAGAGACUGGAAGGUUCCUUCAUGCAGCCCACCCUCAUGUCUAACGUGACCACUGAUAUGCUCUGUAUGCGGGAGGAGACUUUUGGACCCCUUGUUCCUGUUGUUAAGUUUAACACAGAACAGGAGGCACUUGACAUUGCCAAUGCUUCACAAGUUGGUUUAGCAGGUUACUUUUACUCUCAAGACAUCGCUCAGAUCUGGCGAGUGGCUGAGCAGAUGGAGGUGGGCAUGGUGGGGGUCAAUGAAGGUUUGAUCUCUGCCACAGAAGCUCCUUUUGGUGGAAUUAAACAGUCUGGACUGGGAAGAGAGGGCUCCAAAUACGGAGUGGAUGAGUAUUUGGAUGUGAAGUACAUAUGUUUUGGGGGACUUGCUUCUUGAAUGCCCAAGCUACAGUUAUUACCGUCUAAGGCAAGUUUUACAGUAAAAUACUGAGCCAGACCAAUCCCAAAAAUGCUGUGAACCCAGGCAGCCAUCUUUGAGAACUUAAAUUCUCUCCGUCCAUCAAAUAUCUUAUUGUCAGUGUUAUCUUCCUUGAGAUUUAGUUUUUAAUAGCUGAUUGUUAUAACCUAGUUCUGAAAUAAGAUGCAUAUAGCUAAUUCAUGGCACUAAAGAAAAUAAAAAAGUAGACUUGGGAUUAAGGACGCACCAUUUUGUUGCUAUGGGUGGAUCCAAUGAAAAAUCAAAAGCACAAAUGAUGUAUUCAACCAGAAAAUUAGCUAACACUUGGGCAGUUUAAGAAAUAGGGUUUAUGCGCGUUUAUAACUUUCAUCGGAUCAGGUAAAGCUGUUGGUGUACAAAUGUCCGAUUAUAACUAAAUCUAUGUAUGUCAUGUAUGUUAGGGUUUAAGUUGCAGAAACACAUCCUUCGCCAAACAGGUUUGACAUUACCAGUGUGCACAAUGGGCCUUACUCAUGAAACAAUUUAUCACUCUUCUGCAAUGUUUUAUUAAACAAUUUACAAGAGAAAUUGGUUGUGCUUGUGUUUCAUGAAUAAAGCCCAAUGAUAAUAAGGUACUUGAAAAAAAAUUAUGUUAAAGGGGACAGAGAAUGAAAAACCAUUUUUACCUUGUCUUUGUUGAAUAAUGGUAGUCUACCAGCAUUCACGAACAUACAAAAAGUUCUAGACAUGCUAAACAUCUCAGUCUCAUAGAAAUUCCUCUUUUAGAAAUGUCAGCCAGAAAACAGCCCAAUCUGAAAAACUGAUGCUUAUGACAUCACAGGCAUCUCACUGCCCCUCCACUUUAUAAUAAUUGGCUACAUUUUUUUGAGUGGCAGCAAAGUCAGCCAAUCAGUAAUGAGAUUGCAAGUUAAGCCAGUAGGGGGAGCCAAAUAGGUGCAAAACCACUUGUUUAAAAUCCCCCACCCUAAUAGAGCUAUCUGAGAGAGGUUUUUAGGAAGCUUCUUAGGCAUUACAGACCCAAACAAAAAAAAUUUUUGUCUACAUGUCACAUCACAGAACAAGGAUAAAUACCCCGUUCAAUCAUUCUAUGUCACCUUUAAGGAAAUCAAAUUUAUUACAUAAUAAUGCAUUUGAACUAUCUGCCAAUGACAUCUUACUAGCGAUGGUUCUUACUUACAGGCUGAUGGUGGUAAAUGCAUUGCUGAAAAUGUUGAACUUGAUACGAGUACUCUAUUUUUAUAUUUUAAAAAUGUUAAAAUAUUAAAGCAUCGACUGUAAUAAGCAGUUGGGGCCGGUGACUUAUUUUUUCGAGGGCGCUCAAUACGAAGUUCAUCCCAACAUGUAUGUAGCUUGUCAUGUGUGUGUGUUCGUAAUUUCAAAAUAUGUGUUCUGCGGGUCGAGUGAUCCUAUGUACAUCAUGUGUCUUGUCAAAAGAUGUACACGUACAGGUUGUCUAUCCAGGUUUAGACUGUCUAAACUUACAUUCAUAGUCAGAUGAUUUCCCGGGUGCCAAUGUAAUUUU